UAUUUAACUUCCCCACAUGCAUAAAUCACUAAAUCUGCUUCUAUUUAGUAUAGAUGCAUGCUACUUUAUUAUAGCUAGCGAUUUAUGCUUACACCGAUUAAGGAAAUCCAUAAACUACAGCGUUUCGUUACUGAGACACACGAACGGUUUACUUUGUUACCAUAAAUGGGUCACACCACGCAGUCAAACUCAUAUACGGAAAGGGAAUUGCUGACUAAAUACAUAUUUAUGCAUAACAUGCUUUUGCGCAAAUUAAAAUAUGGCUGAUAUAAUAUUCAUUGUUAGUAUUGUAUAACAUACUUUUUCAGCCGACGCAAUGCACAGGUGUGCUAAUUUGCUAAUGAUGCCCAGUCGUCAGCAGGAGUUGGUAAAAAGCCAGGCUAAAGAUUUAGUGUGGAUGACAUUGGAUCAGUACUAUCCGGAUCAUCAAACAAAUUCAAUACCAUUCAGUCAAGGUUCCAUUGUUUUGUCAUCUUGCUGUGGUUGCAGAAAUGGAGCAUCGGAAUGCGACGCAGGAGGUAAAAGUAGGAAAGGUAGGUGUGGAGGUGGACCACUUAAUAUCGUUAUGGCGAAUCUAUACGUCUACGUACGUACGGUGUCAGUAAUAAUUUAACCCAUUUCCUCCUUUAUGAGAUUUAGGUUUUUGCGUAAUGGAAUGUACCACAUGAUUUUACACGAACAAUGUAACGUUCCAAACUACUGAUAAAAAGUUUCGCAUCAUCGAACGCCAGUACUAUUAAAUGAACGAUUAAACAAACAAGGGCAGAAAGUGGGGUUGAUCUUGCUUCCAAGAUAAAAAAGACCUUUUUCCAGAAUGUUGGUCCAGUUAGGGUUCGUACUUGGGGGCGAGUAUUUUGGCGUCGGUGUUGUGACAUCAGAAUUGGUAGCAUCAUUUUGUUAUAAAUUUUGGAACCCGACCAAGUGCAGGAAUAAUGAGUGGAAAUACAAGACGUCAACUUUGCUGGAUUUUAUUUUUUGUGUUUUUAGUGAUUUUGGAAACUCAAAGUCAAAAUAGUCUACCAACUUUGUACGAAUACUUUGACUCUUCUGAAGGUCAAAAUGUCACUGGACUUUUAGCAGAGAGAGACGGUUUCAAGCUGAAUGGAAAGCCCAUUCGCAUAAUUUCUGGAGCUAUUCAUUACUUCCGGUCUCAUCCAAGCGUAUGGUCUGAUCGAUUAAGGAAACUUAGGGCGUCUGGGGCUAACACGGUGGAAACUUAUGUCCCGUGGAACCUUCAUGAGCCAAAAAAGAAUGAAUUUGAUUUUGGCCAAGACCAAAGCAAGAAUGACAUGUCAAUCUUUCUGGAUAUCCGGAAAUUCAUUCAGCUUGCUCAAGCAGAAGAUCUUUUGUUAAUCCUCAGACCGGGCCCUUUCAUCUGCGGCGAAUUUGAGUUUGGGGGGAUGCCCAGUUAUUUAUUGCGAGAUCCCAACAUGCGAGUUAGAACCGCUUAUCAACCGUAUCUAGAUCGUGUAAAGGUUUAUUUUGAUAACCUGCUCCCACUCGUGUCUGAUUUGCAAUUCAGUCAAGGUGGACCAAUUAUUGCGCUUCAGGUUGAGAAUGAAUAUGCAUCCUUUGAUACUAUUGAGCCUCCUUAUCUCGAGUUUAUCCGACAAACUUAUCUGAACCAUGGGAUUAAUUCUCUCCUCUUUACGUCCGAUGGCUCCUACAACGGAGUGAAAGGAAGUCUUCCGGGUCUCUUAAAGACAGCCAACUUUCAAUUUAAACCGGAAUCAAAUCUUGACGACCUUUUAAGAUUUCAGCCAGACAAGCCUCCCAUGGUUAUGGAGUAUUGGUCGGGGUGGUUCGAUCAUUGGUUUGAACCCCACAGCGAGACUUCCUUAAAUGAUUUUACCAGUGUCUUGGACGUGAUUUUGGGUGGCUACAAUGCAUCUGUAAAUUAUUACACGUUUGAAGGGGGCACUAAUUUCGGAUUUAAUGCGGGUGCAAAUACACAAACUGAAGCACCGCACUAUGCUCCCGAUGUUACCAGUUAUGAUUAUGAUGCACCACUCACAGAAGCUGGAGAUUAUACGGCCAAAUACUACAAAAUCUUAGAGAUGAGCGCCAUAUACGCAAUUCCUCCCCUUCGGCGACCUCCUUUGCCCUUAGAAAGUAGGAAAUUGGCUUAUCCUUCCAUCCCGCUGGAGAGAUACCUGUCAUAUUCUGACAUUUUGGAUCAGAUUCCACCCACCUCAAAGUUCCAAUUGGAAGCAAGAACUUCAAUGGAAAAUCUGAACAUGAAUAAUGACGGUGGACAAAGUCAGGGAUAUAUUUUGUACCGGAAACGAGGUAUUUUUGGGAACGGUACUGCAAUUUUCAAGGCUGGUCCAGUUCGCGAUUUCGGGAUCCUUCUCCUCGACCAAGAUAUCCAACCUUUUCCCAAAGAUAAAAAUGGAUCAACAAAAUACUGGCUAAGUUCUGUGCAAGAAUAUUCUCUCCCAAUGAAUGGGAAAGAGCAAACUAUUGACUUAUUAAUUGAAAAUAUGGGGCGUAUAAAUUUUGGUGGGGCAAAAGAUUUUCUCCAGAGAAAAGGACUCGUAAAUUCUCCGAAUGAAAGUUAUUACCACUUGGACGGGCAGGAGAUUAAAGAUGUUGAAAUCAUUGCUUUGGAAUUCAAGUCAAACUGGGUCAACAACUUAACUAAUUGGCAUAACUAUGAAUCUCAUAAUGAAGCAAAGAAGGCCCCCAUCCUUGUGCAAUCAACUUUCACCAUUACUGAAAUUGGCGACACGUUCAUUGACAUGACCUCCUGGACGAAGGGAAUAGUUUUCAUUAAUGGUUUUAACUUGGGACGCUACUUCAAUGUUGGACCACAGAAGGCGUUGUACCUUCCUGCCCCCUUCUUGAAACUGGGUGAAAAUACCAUCACAAUAUUUGAACAAUUGCAAUGUGGUUCGGAAAUAGUGUUUAGUUCAGUGCCAAAAUUGGGAUUUCCUCCGAUAAAGAAAGAUCCAAAGCCACAAUUUGAUGAUGAUGACUUUGUUCCUUUUUAAAAUAGUUGUGUAUGCGAAUAAUUUUUUUAAUACAUUUUACACAAUAUUUCGUUUCUUAUCUUCUUUCAAUUUUAUUUCGAUAAUUUAAACCAACGUCAACAUUUUAUGAAACAUGAUCAAUUUUUUUCCGUAAUAUAAUAAUCUACUGAAUUACUUUUCAUAUUCUAAUAUCACAUUUAGUUAUUUUUAU